GUUUGGAUAUAGGCAAAAGUAACACAUUAUACCUUUGUGAUGAAUUUACAUGUAUUAUUGUUCCUUUGCUCGAUCUGAAUUCGAUUCCCGAAUCACUGAUGAAUUUUCUUUGUUGGCCGCACCUUACUUUGUUGGCGUUGGCAUUAAGGGAAAGAUGGAAAUGUUGGAGACGCAGUUUGGAAUUAGAUGCAGAAAUGCCGUGGAAUUAGGGCCAUUGGCUGCUGAUGUAUUGGGCAUGCCUCAUUUGAGAACUUGUGGUGUUGAUAAACUCGCUCUUGAAGUUCUUGGGUUUGAUCUUGGAAGAAGGAGACUAGUGACUGGGUUGUAUGAGGAUUCUGAUGCUAAUUCACUUAGCAUACAACAAGCUGAAUUUGCAGCUGUCAAUGUUUGUUCUUUCUACCUGAUUGGGAUGAGAUUGUUCGAGAAAAGAGCUUUUAAUUGUGCAAAUAGAGGACGUGUGAUUCGUAGCAAGAAUUGGCUUUUGCGUUUUGAACUCUGA